AAAUUCUCCGACUUGCCCGUCACAUUCUACCAAAAAGGCCAUCAUGAAUAGCUCCCCGCAUCACAUUUGGGCUUUGACUGGCUUGGCCUUCUUUGUCCUUGGAUUGAAGAGCUCUGAUGCAAGAAUCCUACCAGAAAAUUCGAAUAGGAUCUCAAUCCCAUUUCAAAUGGACUACUAUGCCGCUCAGUCCAGUCAAACCAAAUGCGAUUCGGUUCCAAUGGAUUAUGAAUGCAAAUGCGCAGAAAGAUCCACAGGAUUUAAGCAAUUCUUGCCGAGUCACUGCCAUUGCCAACCCGUUCUAACUUGCGAAGCUCAUCAUUGCCAAUGUUGUAUCACCCGAAUCUGUUAUGUGUGAAGAGGAGGAAAUGAAGCAUGCGUCCAAAUGAAUUGGAAUUAAAGUGACAAAUGUGUCCUUCUUAUGUUUCUUAUGACAAACGAAUAAAUCGCGAAUUCCGAGGUUUGAAAUUUUUAAAUCUCGAGACGG